GCCUCGCUGCGAAUUUUUGGUUUGAAUAAUAGCAAAAGUAUAUGUGCGUGGGAACGGGAAAGGGAACCGAGGGCAUCAGAAAGGAUCUCUGAAAACUGCCUUGAUCCAAGGCAGAGCCUUUGUGUUUUUCGGGUUAUUUUGAGCUCACACAGUCACUCAGCACAACAGAUCAGGUGUUCGACCCACCUUCCCCACGCCAGGAUCUGUUUUUUGUUGCUGACUCGAACUCUGCUUGCUGCAGCUUGUGUCUGUUGCACGCACAGCAGCCUCGCUCUGCGUUCUCUGAACACGUCAGUGAGUUUUUCUGUGUCUGUGCAGUGUUUCUGCAGCUUGGGGUCGGACGCAUCUUGUUGUUUGGGCUUGCUCUAGCACACUUAAAUCUUUCACAGCAGAGCCCCAAACUACUCACAGUAAUGCAGGCGUGGCCCAACAAACAGACAGAGUCACAAGUCCUUUUCAGCAGUUGCUUUUUGGCCUCUGUUCUGUUCUGUUCUCCGGGCAAUAGAUGUGGAGGCAAGACUUCACUUUGACUUUUGUUGAAUUUCCAGAGAUUUUUGCUAAACCUUAUCUCUAGCCUGCAGUAGUCCCUCUGAAUGGUAGCUUUGCUUUUUAGUAUAUUGGUAGUCCUCUCUGCUCUAGCAUCAUCCAUAAGCUUAAUGCAGUUGCAUUCCAUCCCAUUGUCCAGUGCGUUAAUGAAGGUGCAAAAAUAGUGUUGGUCCCAACAUUAAUCGUUCCCUACUCCUUCCCUGCCUCGCAUACUUGCUGCUCCACUUGGACUACUAAUCACUGUGAUCAGGACAGUCCUGUUCAGACCCCUUGUCCAUUUGCCCACUCCUCGUCUUACCAGUUUGUUGGGAUUAAAUGGAUGAGUAUAUUGAGGGCCCUGCUGAGAAAUAUCCACUGCUUUGAUGAAGAGAAUCUUCAUCAGUGUUGAAAGACAGGAUUCUGGACUCAAUUUUAAAAUUAACACCUUUCUAGAAUCUUAAAAUGCUCUUCCUUCUCCUGUAGUUUUCACCUGUUUUACUGGAAUUCUCCUUAUAUCUCUAGACAGAGGCAUGCUACCAGUUGUUCAUAGGAGUGAGGAGUACUGCAAAGAAAGAAGAUAUCAGGAUGAGUGUCCUAAAACUGUUGAACAGACAUAACAUUGUGUUUGGUGAUUACAAGUGGACGGAAUUUGACGACAGCUUCCUUAACAGCAAUGUGCAAUCUGUGUCAAUUGUGGAUACAGAGCUGAAAUUGAAAGAAAGACAGCCUAUUGACUUGAGCAAAAGCAGUCUUUCCAUUCAUAUUUUUCAUCUGAAUGAAGAAGGGCCAAGCGUUGAAAACUUGGAAGAAGAAAAUGAGGAUAUUGUUGCAGCUAACCACUGGGUGCUACCUGCAGCUGAAUUUCAUGGCCUUUGGGAAAGUCUUAUAUAUGACACUGAAGUAAAAUCACAUUUACUUGAUUAUGUCACGACAACAUUACUAUUUUCUGACAGAAACGUUGACAGCAACCUGAUAUCAUGGAACAGAGUUGUUUUGCUGCAUGGCCCUCCUGGAACUGGUAAAACCUCUCUCUGCAAAGCAUUGGCUCAGAAGCUGACGAUACGACUAUCGUACAGGUAUAGAUAUGGACAGUUAAUUGAAAUAAACAGCCAUAGUCUUUUCUCUAAAUGGUUUUCUGAGAGUGGCAAGCUUGUAACCAAGAUGUUCCAGAAGAUUCAAGAGUUAAUUGAUGACAAAGAUGCUCUUGUGUUUGUACUGAUCGAUGAGGUGGAGAGCCUCACAGCAGCCCGCAGUGCCUUCAAGGCAGGCACAGAGCCUUCAGAUGCUAUUCGUGUAGUGAAUGCUGUUCUGAUGCAAAUAGAUCAGAUUAAAAGGUAUCCCAAUGUAGUUAUCCUGACUACUUCAAAUAUUACAGAGAAAAUAGACAUGGCAUUUGUAGACAGAGCAGACAUAAAGCAAUACAUUGGCCCUCCAUCUGCUGCAGCAAUAUUCAGAAUAUAUCUUUCUUGCCUGGAAGAGCUGAUGAAGUGCCAAAUCAUAUAUCCUCGACAGCAUCUCUUGUCACUCAGAGAGUUAGAAAUGAUUGGAUUUGUAGAAAAUAACGUGUCCAGGUUAAGUCUUGUACUAAAGGAAAUCUCAAGAAAAAGUGAAGGUCUUAGUGGCCGGGUCCUCAGAAAACUUCCUUUCCUAGCACAUGCACUUUACAUUCAAUCCCCCAGUGUUACAAUGACAACAUUUCUUCAGGCUCUUUCGCUUGUAGUAGACAAACAAUUUGAAGAAAGAAAAAAACUUGCAGACUGUGUGUGAUAGUUUACUGCUUUAUACUUUUCUGUAUUGUUACCAUGGAAAAGUACUUAACUUUGCAUACAAACUGGGCAAUUUCUAUGCAUCUAUAAAACAGAUUGUCAAAACUUUAAAAACCCUGGAAUGCUUAAUCCAGUUUUUCAAAACAUUUAUUAAUAAACAGUUUUUACAGCACACUGUGCAAUUUUAUU